CGGCGCGCAUUUUGCUACAUUAUGCCCGCGAAAUACAAGUCCAUCAUCGUUGACCAUACAAAGACGAGAAGGGCAACGUGAGACGACGGCAAAGGUCCCUCGUGCUCCAGCGCCCAUGGAACACAAGAAUUCUCCGCGUAGAUUGCAAGACCACGAAUCGCCACAAACCUCCGCCUCACACAAAGACGACAAGCUUAGCAAGACCGAAGUGGUUAACGGGAUCAAAAGUGCAACGGCAACUCAGACACCUUCUCGGAACCAGAGUGAAACAGUCAAGCACGCUUUCCACUCCAAAACACGGAAGAGAGCUGUCGAUAGAAGUCCCGAUGAUGAUCUCUACCCAAAGCGCCAGGAGAUUGGUCGUCUGAGCUAUAAUGACGUUGUCUCAACAACGUCUGAAAGUCUAGCACGGACAGCGGAAAUUGAGGCCAACACUGCACGAAAGAAAGGCGACAUACAGCCACGAAACUGGAAGGACAAGAUUGAGAAACUCACUGGCCGACCAUUAUUUGAGAGUGGGAGCGGCUUUGAGUCCUUCAUCAGUCACGAUAGCCAUCAACAGGAGGUACUGCCAAAGGAUGAAAUCCGAGUGGCGGACAGGGGCGAAUCUGCGGAGAAUUGUAGAAUGGGGGAAAACUGGCAGGUGAAGAUUGAUCGCAUUCUCGCUUCCCGCCGAGAAGAGAUCAAGUCUGCCGAAGCAGAGGCAGACCACUUCCUGGAAGCUUUUGGUCUUGCGUUGUUGAAGGAGAGCGCCGAGCAACGAGUAGCACUUCGGCUCAAGGCACCAGACCCUCAGGACUCCUGUCCAUCGUAAGCACGGCCAGACAGAUGGCCUUGGCAGAUCUCGCCCGAAGCAUGAUCGCACACGUCCUCUGGUUGACGCUCGGCACUGUUCCUUGAUAUCGUGCCCUCGUUCGCCGCCCAAUGGUCUUGAUUGCGGGUCUUGCAGGAACGAAAAGCACUUUAGGGAUCUUUAUGGCGAACCACCCGUCCAGUCGCCGAUGGCAUGGCCAAGAAAAGAAAAACAAAACAGCAACUGCUUUUGUUCCAAGGUUGCAGACCGUUUCAAUCCAUUGGUGUUACUUCUCG